AGCUUUCAUUUCAGUAGACCUCUGACGUCAACGACGAAUGUGUUGAAAUUUUAUUGUACUCGCUCUUCUCGCUGCAGUCUACUAACCGAAAUAAGUAAAAAGCGAAGUUGACGAAAGAGUAAAAAAACAGAUAUUAUAUGAAAAUAAAGAACGGAGUUUGUAACGAGUUUUGUGUUAUGUGUGUUUAAUACAAUUGUCAUUGUGGUAUCAAUGCAAACGCGAGAAAAACUGAGAGCCAAGUAAACAAAAACACACACAGCAGUUCACACACAAAACCAUCCUCCCGGCGCUCAUUCAACGAAAACAACAACAAAAUUUGUAUUUGAUAACAACAAAAGAAGAAGAAAACGCAUACCUCCUCAAACGCAAAGAAAAUAAGUAGAAACGACGAAAAUAAAUACAACACACACAAAAAACAGUAUUCUCAUCUGUUCGACUUUUGUCAACAUACGGGUUUUACAUAUAUAUAUAUAUAUUUGGUGUUGUCAAUAGACAUUCUCAUUUUGUGUGUGCGUGUGUGUGUUUAGCUGUGUGUGAUUUAGAAUAAACGAAAUACGAAGGCAAAUGGCGAACAACGAAAAAGCGCCAACUGCUGCUGGUGGCGGCGGCGGUGGUGACAGCAAACCAUCGCCCAGCAAAUCAGCAGGAGAGGCAACCGAUGAUCAGCCAUUCGUUCCGAACAAUGAAAAACCAACGGAAUACGAUCCCAAUUUGUAUCUUUAUUCGGAUGAGAUUGACACUCGCCCUCAAGUAUCAACGUUCAUACAGACGUUUAAUAGCUACCAAAAUACGAUUCCAGCUGCUACAGAUCCAGAUGCAAAACCUCCGCCACCUGCAGCCCGAAUGGGCACACUGAUCGGUGUAUUUCUACCAUGCAUUCAAAAUAUAUUUGGUGUCAUUCUAUUUAUUCGUUUAACAUGGGUCGUUGGAACGGCUGGUGCUAUUUGUGGUUUCCUCAUCGUCCUUAUCUGCUGUUGUGUGACAAUGUUAACGGCUAUUUCAAUGUCAGCAAUUGCUACAAAUGGCGUGGUGCCGGCUGGUGGGAGCUACUUCAUGAUAUCCAGAUCGUUGGGACCUGAAUUUGGUGGUGCGGUCGGACUGCUAUUCUAUACGGGUACAACACUAGCAGCGGCUAUGUACAUUGUUGGUGCCGUUGAAAUUGUGCUGACCUAUAUGGCUCCAUUUGCGGCGAUAUUUGUUGAUAAAGUGGAUCUUGAAGGUGCGAUGCACAACAAUUUCCGUGUCUAUGGAACAAUUUUACUCUAUUUAAUGGGAACGAUUGUAUUUGUUGGCGUAAAGUUCGUGAAUAAAUUUGCUGCCGUUGCAUUAACUUGUGUUAUUUGUUCCAUAAUUGCCGUUUAUGUUGGUAUUUUUGAUAAUUUUAAUGGCAACGAUAAACUUUACAUGUGCGUACUUGGGAAACGAUUGCUUAAAGACAUUCCGCUUGAUGGCUGCCACAAAAAUUCAACCGGUAAUCUGUACAAGUUAUUCUGUAAAGAUAACCAAUGUGAUCCAUAUUUCCAGAGUCACAAUGUGUCAAUUGUAAAAGGUAUUAAAGGCUUGGCAAGUGGUGUGUUCUUCGAUAAUAUUUACCCAUCAUUCCUGGAAAAAUUCCAAUUCGUUGCGUACGGAAGUGAUCCCGAAGAUUAUGAACGUCUAUCACAAAAUUACAAUCAAAUUUAUGCGGAUAUCACAACAACAUUUACGAUUUUGAUAGGCAUUUUCUUCCCGUCUGUAACUGGUAUUAUGGCUGGAUCAAAUCGUUCGGGUGAUUUGGCUGAUGCACAAAAGAGUAUACCAAUUGGUACAAUUUGUGCAAUUUUGACCACAAGCACCGUGUAUUUAUCUUCCGUCCUUCUAUUUGCUGGCACUGUUGACAAUCUACUAUUACGUGAUAAAUUUGGAGCAUCGAUUGGUGGUAAAUUGGUUGUUGCAAAUAUGGCUUGGCCAAAUGAAUGGGUCAUAUUGAUUGGUUCAUUUUUGUCAACACUUGGCGCUGGUUUACAAAGUUUAACCGGUGCACCGCGCUUACUUCAAGCAAUUGCCAGAGACGAGACGGUACCAUUUUUAGCACCGUUUGCUGUAUCGUCGAAACGUGGCGAACCAACCCGAGCACUUAUCUUAACGUUGUGCAUUUGCCAAUGUGGCAUUUUACUUGGUAAUGUGGAUAUUUUGGCACCGUUGCUAUCGAUGUUCUUCUUGAUGUGCUACGGUUUUGUGAACUUGGCCUGUGCCGUACAAACACUAUUGCGAACACCAAAUUGGCGACCUCGUUUCAAAUUCUAUCAUUGGUCAUUGUCAUUGUUUGCUGUAUGCUUGUGCGUUUCCAUAAUGUUCAUGACAUCGUGGUAUAUGGCACUGCUGGCGAUGACAAUGGCCGUUAUUAUUUAUAAAUACAUCGAAUACCGAGGAGCUGAAAAGGAAUGGGGUGAUGGUAUUCGUGGUAUGUCACUUACCGCCGCUCGAUAUGCUCUACUUCGUUUGGAAGAAGCUGAACCGCAUACCAAGAAUUGGCGACCACAAAUUUUGAUAUUGGUUAAACCGACCGAUGAAAAUUUACCAAAAUAUCGUAAACUAUUUUCAUUUGCAUCGCAACUUAAAGCGGGCAAAGGAUUAACGGUAUGCGUAUCGGUUGUCAAUGGCGAAUACACGAAGAAGGCAAAUAAAGCCGCCGAAACCAAGCAAAAUAUUCGUCGCAUUAUGGAAGAGGAACGAGUUAAGGGUUUCGUUGAUGUACUUGUCUCACGUAACACCGUCGAUGGAUUAUCUUCAAUCGUUCAAACAUGUGGUUUGGGUGGCUUGAAACCGAAUACAGUCAUUCUUGGUUGGCCAUACGGUUGGCGUCAAAGUGAACAUGAUCGCACAUGGAAAGCAUUCUUGGAAACGUGCCGAGUGUGCGCCUCAUCUCGAAUGGCACUUGUUAUUCCAAAAGGCAUCAACUUCUUUCCCGAUUCCACUGAAAAGAUCAAAGGUUACAUCGAUAUUUGGUGGAUUGUUCAUGAUGGUGGUUUGUUAAUGUUGUUGCCAUUCCUAUUGAAACAGCAUCGUACCUGGAAAAAUUGUAAAUUGCGCAUUUUCACCGUUGCUCAAAUCGAAGACAAUUCUAUUCAAAUGAAAAAAGACCUGAAGACAUUCCUCUAUCAUUUGCGCAUCGAAGCCGAAGUAGAAGUUGUUGAAAUGAUGAAUAGUGAUAUAUCGGCAUACACUUACGAACGAACGCUCAUGAUGGAACAACGAAAUCAAAUGCUUCGAGAGUUGCGAUUGAACAAAAAAGAGAGUCUCGGUGUGGUGCAAGCCUUGGUGGAUUUCAGCGAAGCAAGCGGAGAGGAUAGUGUUCCUUUGGUGCAAACAAUUGUCGAUCAUCAUCAUGCCAGCGACCAAAAAUCAGCAACCAAAGUUCGUUUCUCCGAACCUGGCGACGAAAAAGAUACCACCGAUGAGGAUGGAAAGGAAAGUGAUUCCAAUAAAGAUGCUGAAAAAGGUUCAGCUGAAUAUAAUACAGAGAAAGAAGCGGCUGAUAGCGGUGAAAAAGAUUCGGACAGCAACAAUAUAAGCAAUCAUUCAUCGCCAAACAAGCCCGCACAGAAGGAAAUCAAUGAAAAGGACGAACUAAAAUCCAACGAAAAAGAUUUCGACAAGCAAUCGGACAAUGAAGAGAAUUCAAAACAAAGCAUAAAACCGGAUGAAGACAAUGUGCGUCGUAUGCACACGGCAGUUAAAUUGAAUGAAGUAAUUGUAAACAAAUCACACGAUGCCCAAUUGGUCAUUUUGAAUUUACCCGGACCGCCAAGAGACACACGAUUAGAGCGAGAAAGCAACUAUAUGGAAUUCUUAGAAGUGUUGACCGAAGGCCUAGAACGUGUUUUGAUGGUGCGAGGUGGUGGCCGAGAAGUGAUCACCAUUUAUUCUUAAAUUGGCCAUUUGUUGAUGUGUUGCAAAUGGUCGUGUUACAUGUAAUCAAUGAAUGAAAUUCGAGGAGAAUCAAAUUACUUCAAACACACAUUAGGGAUACAAAAAAGACAAAAUAAAUUAACACAAACAGCAAAAAAAAUGUAUGAGCGAGCGAGCAACAUAGAGAAAGAACCUUUUGAAAAAGUUAACGUCGAACUAACAAUUUAUAUAUAUACACAUAUGUGGGCGCAGAGCCGUACAUGCCAAAUCCAAUACUAAAAUCAACUAACCAAAGUAUAUUAAUUUUUAACAUUUCUUUCAAAAUGAACACAAACAACAACAACAACAACAAUUUUUAAAAUAAAAGAAAAUGAUGAAAAGAAAGAAAAUAAAAGCAUUCUAUUGCUUUGUACAAAAAAAGUGAAUAAAUAUAGCCGAAAAAAAAAUUAAAAAAAAAAUCUGUCAAACGAAUCUGUCUGUCCACCUCGGCAGCGAAUCUAAUUCGAUUAAAACAAACAACAACAUUUUAGCAUGCAUCUCAAACAACAACAACAACAACAACAACAACAACAA